CAAAAAUCGAAUUCUUUAGUGGAAUAAAAACAUAUUUUAUAGUGAAAAAUAUUAUUGUUUUUAAUAUUGAUUGGAGAAAUUUGUGUCGUUUUACAUUAUCCUUAUCAUUAGAAGCGUAACUUAGAGGCAUGUAUGAAGAUAGCUCAGAACAGUUUUCUCUUCGCUGGAACAAUUUCUUCAGUAAUUUAACUUCAGGCUUCCACUCUUUGUGGGAGGAGGAGGACUUUGUUGACGUUACUCUUGCUGCAGACGGAAAAUUUAUCCAGGCUCACAAAAUAGUUCUUUCAGUCUGCAGUCCAUAUUUUAAACAUUUGUUCAAAGUCAAUCCAUGUAAACAUCCAAUUGUCAUUUUAAAAGAUGUCGGGUACAAAGAACUCAGCGGACUUCUGCAGUUCAUGUACAAAGGAGAAGUUAACGUUUAUCAGGAGGAACUUGCGGAUUUCCUGAAAACUGCAGAGCUUCUGCAGAUUAAGGGACUUACCAGCAACGACAGUCAGACAAAUCCUCAAAAAGAAGAAUCAAAGGAAACAAAACCAGCGCCAUCUCCAGUGCAAACUGAAGAAAAGAAAAAACAAAAUCAAAGCCCAACGCCUUCCUUGCCAGUAAAACGAAAACGUCCAGACGCUGAACAGAAUAACAUGAACAACACUCACAGAGUUGAAGCUAACGCACAAUAUUCUCUCCCAGCUUUGCCGCCGUUGGAACCAAUAGAUUUUGUCGAGAGCGAGUUCCCAGAAAACUGCAAUGACAGGCUGGCAAGGCUUUUUGACGUUGACUCUUCAAAACCUGUCACCAAUAAGCCAGGUCAAAGGCUAAUUGCAAAUUUUUCUCAAGACCCAAUGGAUGCUGCUCAAGCAACUUUUCGAGUGACUUCUCGCGGCAGGCUGCAGUUGGUGCAGAACAACUACGUUUACCACUGUAACCGACAAAAGGACAAUAAGAUAUUCUGGAAGUGUGCCGAGUACAACAGGACAGGCUGCCGUGGCCGCUGUAUCAGCAUCGGAUGGGCCGUCACUGUGACUCACGCACUGCACAACCACCACCCCGUGUGGUCAGAGGGCUCAGACGACUCCAAGAUCAUCAGCGAUUUUUCAGAAAUGAAAAAAAUCUUCGGCUCCCCCCGAUCCGACGGAAGUGUAAACCCCGCUUUGCCUGCUUAUCAGAAGAGCCUGGCGAGUCAACCUGAUAACAACGCCUCUAUUAAUCUGGAAAGCUUUUGAUUUAAAGUGAUCAGUUCUGCGACACCUAAGUCCGUUUAGAUGUGAUUGAUUUGUGAUAUGGUUUAGUGGUUUCGGUUGGAGAUCGUUCACUGGUUUUAUUUUAGGUCAGUUUUGUCAAACGAUGGUAAACCUUGAUUUGAGAUGCUACAUAAUAAAGCAGGUGGUAGCACUGUUUGGUAAGUUUUAGCGUAGUUUUAUGUAUUCUUACAAAAGGUUUAAUUUAAAUAAUUCCCGGUUUCUAUUUGUGAUUUGAUCUCAGGAAUAACAUGAAAUAAUUCAUGUAAAAACUGUUACAAAAUAUUUCAAAUCAUCUUCUGUAGUUUUUAAACAUUUGCUAUAACUAAGUGAAAUAUUGUACUUUGCGGGUUUUACCACUAGAAUAUUCUUCAAAAAGUCACAUGUGAAAUAUUAACAGCAUUGAUUUAAAUAG